AAUUCAUCAAUCGGACUUUUCGCGACUCGGACGAUCAACCAGUCUUCUCUCUGUCUCCGCGACGGCGUCUCCUCCGAGCGACUCCUGCCCGCCGCGAAUCCCUUGUGCGCCGAUCCUGUCCCUCGUGCCCGCUUUCGGUGAUCCCGCGACGUCCCUGUGGUCCAUGACCGAGACAAUUGGCUCCCUCGUCCCGGCGGCUCACGCGAAAAACAGCCAAAAUUAGGUACACACUUUGGAUACCGAGCCUGCGUUUCCCGGCGAUACUCAAGCCGUGGAUGCAUCCGAACCAACACUUCUACCAUUUAAGGACGAGAGAAGCUACUCACACCGGAGGUAAGGCGCCGCCAACCUCAGCGCCAUUCACUUACCCGUUUAGCUCUAUCGUUCAGAGUUGGAGAUGGACAAGGACUCGUUUCCAAAAAUUCCGCUAGUUCUUGGCCUCCUCCUCGUCUCAUCGAGUUUGGCCAAAUCACAAGAGCAAGAGCCUCAAGAUGCUUGCGCUCAAACAGAAGGCAUGCAGCAUGGACUCAUGAACAAGUUCAGCAUUGCCGACUAUGGAGUGCUUCUCUGUAUGCUUGUCAUUUCCUGCGGCAUCGGCAUGUUCUACGGAUUUUUCGGCCAAAAGCAGAAGACAUCUAGUGAUUUCUUGCUGGGAGGCAGUCAAAUGGGAACCUACCCGAUGGCAUUAUCCCUUGCUGCAAGUUUUAUCACGGCCAUUGAACUGCUGGGAAAUCCCGCGGAAAUGUUCAAUUAUGGGGCCAAGUAUUGGCUCAUUUGCUUGCCCUUUAUCAUUGUAGUUCCUAUUACCUCCCGGUUAUAUUUACCGGUUUUUAUGAAGCUGCGGCUCACUUCGUCGUAUGAGUAUUUUGAAAUGCGUUUCAAUCCGGCUGUGAGGACGAUGGCCGCAGCGUUAUACAUUCUACAAAUGGUUUUGUACACAUCCGUCACAGUUUACGCUCCUGCCCUUGCUUUGAGUCACGUUACUGGCAUGAAUGUAUACGUUGCUGUAACUGCUGUGUAUUUUGUUUGUAUUUUCUACGCCUCCCAGGGAGGCAUGAAAGCUGUGAUUAUGACGGACACAUUCCAAGGGGUAGUCCUCAUGGGGUCCAUAAUACUAAUAAUGUUGGUGGGAAACAAUCUCUCAGGUGGAACCUCAAAGGUGAUCAAUGAGAGCUGGAAAUCGGGGCGUCUGGAACUAGUCAAUUUUAUGCCUGAUCCCACGAUAAGGCAUUCUGUUUGGAGUAUUCUCAUUGGAGGAACAAUUUACUGGGUCUCCAUGUUUUGUGCCAAUCAAGCGUCUAUCCAAAAGUACCUCUCUGUUGAGAAAAUAUCUCAGGCAAGAAUAGCUUUGUGGAUAAGCAGUGCCGCAUUGAUAGUGAUCUACACAAUUAAUUUCUACACUGGAAUGGUAAUCUACUCUGAAUAUGCUGCUUGCGAUCCCGUGCAAAGCGAAGUUAUCAAAGCCUCUGAUCAACUCCUACCUCUGUACACUAUGAAUGUUCUGGGCAAAUACCAAGGACUUCCUGGCCUCUUCGUAGCCGGGAUAUUUGCUGCAUCUUUGGGAACUGUCGCCUCGGCUUUGAACUCUUUGGCUGCUGUAACAAUGAAAGACUUCAUUGGUGGAGCGUUCGGCAUCCACAUCCAAGAUGAGCACGGUGCGGCAUGGUCAAAAUGGUUGUCCAUCAUGUUCGGGGCAGUCAGUUUUGCCCUCGUUUUUGUCGUACAACAAUUAGGCAGCGUCAUGCAGGUUGCUUUGAGUUUUAAUGGUAUGGUAGGAGGAGUGACUCUCGGUCUUUUCUCCCUUGGAAUGUUUGUGCCGUGGGGCAAUUCAAAGGGUGCUUUGGUCGGCGCUAGCGUGAGCCUAGCUGUGGUAUUGUGGAUUGGGAUUGGAACUCAAAUCGCACAAGCACACGGAUUCGAACCCGAGGAAAAGAAACCCAUUUCAGUUGCCGGAUGUCCCUGUUUCAAUGCCACCGAGUCACCCUCCGGAGGAUUGGAGCCUUUCGACAACUCCAGUGUGUUUUACCUGUAUCGAAUUAGCUACCUAUGGUACUCCGUGAUUGGUUUCAUGGGGACACUUAUCAUAGGUCUGACAGUGAGUCUAUUGACGCACAAUCCAGAGGACCCAUCCCGAAUCCACCCGGAUCUCCUUUCCCCACCGUUCAGGACGUGGUACGAAUCCUUCACCAAUGACCUCAAAGAAAAACUCCAUCUUCCAAUCCAGGAGAAGGAUGCUGUUUCGCCCACGAGUGAUGCUAAAGCAAAUAGGAACGGCUCUGUUACUCUUCGCGAAGGGUUCACGAAUAAAGCCCUUAUCAUGGACGACGAGAAACCCAUAACAACCCCUGAAGCAAUCGCUUAAAAAUAUAUUCCACGGGACAAAUAUGUAACUUGCCGUUAGAUUUUCCUCUCGCACGAUUGACUCCCUCUUCUCACCUCGAAAGCCAGGAACCGAAGGAGACGGUUGGUUUCUGUUAACUGCAUGCAGCUGAGCUUUAGAUGGAUAGCUACUAUGGAUGUGAGAGAAGGAAAGGAAAAGUAACCAAAAAAGCAUCGAAUAGAAUCAAAGCUCAAGCUGUAGUGAAAGUUUAAAAACCCGAGAUUCAAAUAAAAGUGAAAAUGACCACCGUGCCACGGGACAGGAUAACAAAAGAAAAGCGACCGCAUGUGCAGAAUUCUAUUAGUAUUAUUUCAUAUGUUUCAAGGAGCAUGAUAAAUUUUAAGAAAAGAAAAUAUAUGAAUUGUGAAUAUUUACACGGAGGCAAGAGGAUACAAACCUACGUAUGAAUGAAAGCAGGCCACCCUGUCUAGAAUUGUUUUUUUAUAAUGGAUUAAAAGGAGGAAAAAAAGAAAAAGCAGAAAUAAGAUGUCAUCAAUUUGCGAGAAAUCUUUCACCAAUUGCGACCCAUCAAGAAAAGGCAUGCUAUGCUCACAUCGCUUCCUAGACUCCCCUCCUUCCCGAAAAGUUAUGAAAAGCUCAGCUUUUUCGUGUACUACAAUGAUUCUUAACAGUGACAGAUGAGGGGCUGGAAUUCCAAGACAAAUAUAUAAAUUCUUUUUUGAGUGGUCGUAAGAGGAACACCUCAAAUUAUAAAUCCGGGAAUCCACCCGUUUCCAUUUUCUAAAUUUUCGGGAUGGGUGGCCUGAUGUUCAACGAUCGAUGCAGUAAUUUAGAGAGGCUUUAAAAUGUGCAAUAUCAAGGAAAAAAAUUCAUCCGUUGAUAAUUUAUCUGAGAGAAAAAUUGAACGAUUCGCCGAUUUUUUUGUGAUUUUUUCAAGUUGGAAAAUUGUUUCCCAACAGUAUGUAAUUACCUACGAUACCAUUGAUUCACAAAUUGCACAGAGUGUUUUGAUAUUUAGAUUGACUUCAUCUUAACAAAUUCCGCAGUCCCGAUUGAAAAUACAAUUUCUUGACAGUCAUUCGAGUGUGCAGAGUCCACAUUUUAAGGCCUUGAGGAGGCUCUAAAAAAAGAUUAGUACUUAAUUCUGCAUCGAAAAUUCUUCAUCUUGAAUAUUUUUACGUUCUCAAAAAGUUUCUCAAUGAUAAAUUGUGCAACAAAUUGGUCGAGAAACCCUUUUUUACAUUCUCUGCUUCUUUUGAAUUCGAUUAUUUGCAAGGGAUUUAAAUGGAGGGAAGGGAAUACAGUGUUGCCAACUUGCGAUGAUUUCUAUUGCACUGAUGUGCUUACUAUUAUGCUUUGCUAAAGAAAAACGCCGAAUGAAUCCUCGGAUGUUGCCAAAUUUACCCCAAUAAAACAUUCAUUUUGAAGGGGAUUUCAUAUUAAAAUUUUCAGAUACUAAGGAUUAAAUUGCGAAUGAAAUUCUCUAAAAAAUUGAGGGAAAACAUACACAGGUUUCCCUGAAAAUUCCUAUCUUAUCUAUGGAAGUAUGGCAACUACUGGAGGCUCAUACGGCGUUUUUCUUUAGCAUGACACUCGUGACAUUCUAGGAGAGUAUGAAAGCAAUAUGUAUUUGCAAAGUGACCGUGCGUGCAGAACUUAUUUCGACUGCAUGAAUUUGUAAAAAAAAAAAAUUAUGAAGAAAAAGGAAUUGAAUUUUAAAUCGUUUGAAAGGCUUUCUUUUCUUUUUUAAUUUAUACUAAAAAACAAUAGCAGUUCCGGAAGAUUUCUCUCUUAUUGAACAUUGUAAAGAGCUCCAAUCUGCACGUACUAUACGCACAUUUAUUUUUAAUCUGGUCUCCUUUCCAACUAUUGGGUUCUUUUCUGACAUCUUUUUAAGCACCAAUAAAACAGAAAACCGACAGGUUUAAAAAAGAUUAAACUACUUGGAUGAAAGUUUGAAUAUCUCCCAAUUUGUAUUUUUUUUUGUUUUUGCUGGGGUAGAUGAUAAUGGGCUGCUAUGCAGCCUAGUAUACUUUUGUGCCAUGGGUCACCCACCAGGGUUUACAAAAUCCUGAAAAUUCUAAACAAUAAAUUAUAUCUAUUUAAAAAAUAAAUAAUUUACUAGCUUUUUCUCGGUAUGGGCGAAAGUCUCUCACACUCAUGAAACUCUUCAUUGCUGAAACGAACAAAUACUCACGAACCGUAACUACGUCUGUGAUCACAAUUUUUUUUAAUGUCAACAUUUGUUUGGGGAGUCUAAUUUAUGAUAUUAUUCACUAAAAACUAUUGGUCUAAUUUCCUCGCAUCUGAAGUGCCUAUUUCAAGAAUGAAGUGUGUGACUGUGUGCUCUUAGAGAAUUUUUUUCGAUUUGAAUCCUCCGUUUUUCUUCUCUCUUGAAACAAAGCUAAAAUAUUUAAAAAGGAUACGUUUCCUUCGAAAUGUGAACCAUCGCAUACGACAGAAAAAAGAUCUCAAAUUGCAUCAAUGUUUUUCGCUCAUUUUUUGACAGAUGUGAUAUAGGAGUCUUCAGUCAUAUAAUUUUUCUUCGAAAUUGAAGAGAAAAUCUGCAAAAGCUGUGAAUACGUCCUUAUUAGCAACGAUUAUUAAAUGAACGGAAAACAACAUGCUGUUCAUGGUAAAAAGUGUGAGGAGGCAACAACGAUGGCUGAUUAGCAUUGAAUCAUGGAUAACUUUGAAAUUGUCAAGCUCCUUCAAAAUUCUGACCAGUUAAAUUUAAAAAAUUUGGGCCCCAAAUUCUUGACAAGUGCCAUAACUCCACGGAGACUAAAUGUUUUAUUUUUAGGUUUUCUUUUCCUUUUUUUCUAGUAUUUAAGUCGAGUUAUUUGGAUGUUAUAAUUCAUUUUCACCAUUAUUCUUUUGUUGCACAUGUCAUUUUAGCUACAGCUUCCCCACCUGCUCGGAUGUUAGUGAUUGUGACUCUCGAGUUUGUACAGAUGAAUUGUUCCUUGUUAAAACCAAACAUUGAGAAAAAUGAUCUUGUUUGAUACGCCGUGAGAAAGAUUUUCAUAAGAUUUUCAUCCGACUAGUCGGUAGCAGCGAACAAUUCAACUUUCUCUUGAUUUUUAUUGCUUUUUAAAGCACUGUUAGGUACUUAAUUGUUGAUGAAAGUAUUUAAGCAGGCAUAUAGGACUAUAGGUAUACACGUUGAAAUUUUUUUUACGAUUUUUAAAAUCGCAGAUUUUUUGGUGCUGUAUUUUGUUUUACAUCACGAGAACGAUUCAUCUCGUAUCAUCUUUUGGUUACCAGGCAAGGAGGCUAACUUUCAAGUGUUUCUUGUUCCAUUUUACUUUUUUAUUCAUGUAUUGAAUACAGACAAUAAAAACAUUCUACAGUUGAGACCUCCAAGAAAGGUCGAUUGCAGUGCCUCUCCCAUCAUUUUUAACAAAAUUUCCGAUUUGAUUUUAAGUGUGUGUUUUAAUUUAAUACUUAAGUACCUACAUAUUUUCAGGGUAGGGCUAACAGAAUUCAGGGGGGUCCUCGGGUCCUCUCAGGUUAAAUAUUUUUUCUCAUCUUUUUCAAUUUUUCAAAUUCUGCAAGAAAAUAAGAGAGUUUCAGUUUAAUUCUAAGCUCAUUGUGGGUGAGUAAAAACAGGAAAUACGAAUUUUCAAAUUCCAGAAUGGUUUAAAAGAAGCAAAAUGCAGAUAAUGUCAGGUAAUCACAAUGUUUUUAAAUGAAGUAGGAUCGUAAUGAUGUAAUUGCGUGGCAUACUUAACCGGCACAUUAUUUCCAUUUGAAGUUUCAAAACUGUGCGUUGUAAAUUGACUUGCUCUCUCUUAAUAAUGUCAAUGGAGCUAUAAAUUACACGAACUUUUUCAUUCAUGCAAUGAUUUUAAUUAUUUAUUUGAGUUUUCAACCCACCGUUUUCAACCUAAGUGUCAUUGAAAUAAUUUAUUAGGCUCUGUUACGGCUUUAAACAUUAUUUAAAGUGAAGGUACAUUCAUACGACAUCACAAUUUAUGAUUUAAGAAUGGGAUGGUCUUAGAAUACUAGGUACGCACCGAAAUCUUUUGAUAUUUAUAAAAUAACUUCUCGGUGAAUCAAUGUAACCUCUGCUUUAUUGCACUUACAAAAAACAUUGUAUGAGCCUUCAAACGUUACAUUUACAAAAUACUUUUACAAAAAAUAACGUUUUUUUGUUUCCUUAAUUGUUUUUUGUUUAAAAAAAAUAGUAUGUGAGCGUGUGAAUAACGAUCAUUUAAAAUAUCUGGAAGAAAAUCUAUACGUUUUCUUUAAAAUGAAGGUUUUCUUGGAGGAAAUUGGUAACAGCCGCCGAACGAGUUCCAGUGCCUUAUAUAUACCUCAUCGUAUUUGCCAACGUCUAAUCUACGCAACGUGUCUUUACCAUUUCUUUCAAUUUUCAAAAUACUUACCUGUAAUUAAUUAUAAUCCACCAGUAUUUUUUACGUGCACUCAAAGCAAUUCCUUUUGUUUCAGUAUUUUAAUAUUAGAGUAUGAGGGUAUGAAUUUUUCACAUUUUUUUGUGUAAUUUGUACUUUUUCUUUUAGUGAGUUUAUGAAACUCGGUAAGAAAUUACCAAACUGUUUUUACAUUUAAAACUACCUAGUUUCAUAGUCUGAUUGUUAUUUUUCCUUUUAAGAGUAUUUGAACUGUGUAUUUAUGCUAGUUUAGAUAAUCUGUAUUUGAAUAAUUGUACUUUUAUGUACUAAAAUAAAAAAAUACCUACUUUAAUACA